AUGGAGAUAUUGGAUCCACAAAAUACUGUGUUAACGAAUGCUGAAGUUUACAAUAUUGUUGUUGAGAAAAAAAAAGCAUUUUCUUCCGCACCGAAAGAUCAUCGUGCUAGUCCGGCAUUAAGAACGGUAAUUUAUGAGACUUUAACGUAUCUGUCAGGGUCUCCAGCAGCAACUCAAACAGAAGAGCAGAUCAAAUCGCUUAUUAGAGCACUAAGUCCUUACAAGUUUACUGGAGCCGAAAUAUUGCAGCUGAUCAAUUUAAGGCCUAAAACUGCGGUUGAGGUGCAGUUAGUUAUCGAGGAAUGUGAAGAACGUUUAACUGAAGAACAAGUCAAUGAAAUUGUCGAAAUAGUUAAACAGAAUUUUCCUAUACAGUCGGAGACAAAGAACUCACUGGAAGCAGCGGAAGGUUGA